GUAUUACAAUUCACGCAUUCUUCCAGAUUGUGGACUUAUGUAGUUGUUAGCCCAGUGUCCUCAGGCAUUGUUGCGGCGAGACGGACAAGCUAUGGCGCGUCUUCAGUUCAUGGAUCGGCGUCUCUCAUCUCUGCUUCUGCUCUGCUUGCUACUGUCGUUCUCCUCCCUGCAGCUCAACUCCAAUGGCCGUUCUGGACGAGCACAUGCGCAGGAAGAAUCGAAAAUAGAUGAUGGAGCUCUCCCAAAGUUGGAAGAGAACCUUGGGGCUGUGCCUGCUGGUUCCACCACUGAUUCUGAAGUUGUUAAAAGGGAGAGUGAGUCUAUGACUUCCAAGAAUCUCAGAAGCAAUGCUGAGAAGUUUGAGUUCCAAGCUGAAGUCUCAAGGUUGAUGGAUAUCAUCAUCCACUCUUUGUAUAGCAACAAAGACAUCUUCCUUCGCGAAUUGAUCUCCAAUGCUUCUGAUGCGUUGGACAAGAUUCGGUUCCUUUCUCUCACCGAUUCUUCAGUUCUUGGCGAAGGAGAUGACGCAAAACUGGAUAUCCACAUUAAACUGGACAAGGAGAAGAAGGUGUUGACUAUUCGGGACCGUGGUAUCGGUAUGACAAAGAAUGAUCUUAUCAAGAAUCUUGGUACCAUCGCCAAGUCGGGCACAUCAGCUUUCUUGGAGCAGAUGCAAAAAGGAGGGGAUCUCAACCUCAUAGGUCAAUUUGGAGUUGGUUUCUACUCUGUGUAUUUGGUUGCUGAUCACGUUGAAGUCAUUAGCAAACACAACGAUGACGUGCAGCAUAUCUGGGAGUCUAACGCUGAUGGAAACUUCGCCGUUACUGAAGAUACAGAGAAUGAGCCUCUUGGACGUGGAACCGAGAUUAGAAUUUACCUGAAGUCAGAUGCAGCUGAAUAUGCCCAAGAAGAUAAGUUGAGGGAACUCGUGAAGAAGUAUUCUGAAUUCAUCAGCUUCCCUAUUUACCUGUGGGCUAGCAAAGAGGUUGAUGUUGAAGUGCCCGUUGAAGAGGCCGAAGAGAAGGAAGAGAAGGAAACCGAUGAUGCAGAAACCGAGGAAGAAGAUGCCUCUGAACCGAAGACAAAGACUGUAAAGGAAACUAAAUGGGAUUGGGAGCUUCUGAAUGAUGCCAAGGCCGUUUGGCUUCGAAACCCCAAGGAUGUCACAGCUGAGGAAUACGACAAAUUUUAUCAUUCCCUGGCAAAGGAUUUCAGUACCGACAAGCCAAUGUCGUGGAGCCAUUUCAAUGCUGAGGGAGAUGUGGAGUUCAAAGCAGUCAUAUAUAUCCCUCCUAAGGCUCCUUAUGACUUGUUCGAGAACUACUAUUCACAAAAGGCUUUUCUCAAAUUGUAUGUACGACGUGUAUUCAUCUCUGAUGAGUUCGACGAACUCCUGCCGAAAUACUUGAGCUUCCUCAGGGGCAUUGUGGACUCUGACACUCUCCCUUUGAAUGUGUCUCGAGAAAUGCUGCAACAGCACAGCAGCUUAAAAACCAUUAAGAAGAAGCUCGUCCGCAAGGCUUUGGACAUGAUCCGACGAAUUGCUGAGGAAGAUGAGGAUGAAAAAGUCGAUGACAAGGAGACUGACGACGACAAGGAAGCAGAGAAAGAAGUAUCUGAAAAGAAGGGUAAAUACGCCAAAUUCUGGAAGGAAUUUGGAAAAGCUAUCAAGUUGGGUAUCAUUGAGGAUACCUCUAAUCGAGUUCGUCUUGCCAAGCUUCUGCGUUUCCACAGUUCUAAGUCUGGCGAUAAAUUGACUUCACUGGAUCAAUACAUCUCACGAAUGAAACCAGGACAGAAGCAAAUUUACUAUCUCACUGGUCAAGAUAGGAAACUGCUGGAACAGUCUCCAUUUGUUGAGAAGUUGUUGAAGAAGGGCUACGAGGUCAUCUAUUUGACAGACCCAGUUGAUGAGUACUUGACCCAAAACCUGACUGAGUAUGAGGACAAAAAGUUCCAAAAUGCUUCCAAGGACGAUCUCAAGCUCGGAAGCAAAGAUGAGAAAGCUAAGUUCAAGGAGAUCAAGGAAUCUUACAAGGAGCUCACCAAAUGGUGGAAGGACUUGCUCAGUGGCGAAAUGGUGGAGGCGGUGAAGGUCAGCAACCGGUUAGCAAACACUCCCGCUGUUGUUGUCACUUCAAAGUAUGGGUGGUCUGCUAACAUGGAGAGGAUCAUGCAAGCUCAGACCCUAGCUGAUCCCAGCAAGCAGUCCUAUAUGCGUGGUAAAAGGAUUCUGGAAAUCAACCCCAAGCACCCAAUUAUCAAAGAUUUGAAGGAGAAAAUAUCCUUGAGUUCUGAGGAUGAUUCAGCGAAACAGGCAGCCAAGCUUGUAUUCGAGACGGCUUUGUUAGAGAGUGGGUUUGUCUUGGAGGACCCUAAAGACUUCGCCAACCGCAUUUACUCUGUCAUCAAAUCCAACUUGAAUGUCAGUCCUGAUGCUACAGUAGAAGAAGACGAAGUUGAAGAGGAGACUGAGAAGGACAGAGCUGAAAAUGCCGUUGAAGACGCUCCUGAUUUCCAAAAUUUCCAGAAUAUGAAUAUGGAUCAGGACGAUACGACGGCUUCCGAGCUGGCAGCCGAAGCUGCAGCUAGUGACGAAGUAGCUGACGAGGACGCUUCUUCAGAGAAGGAUGAGCUGUAGAUUUAGAAUUGGUAGAGAACAGCUGCCCAAACUUGUUUGAGUGUGAUCUGGGAACCUCCAUGGAUCAACAUAUUCCGAUUCUUACCACAUUGACUUAAUAGUAGGUAUAUAACUAUGCUAGUAACUAGCAUAGUUAGGUAGGUUCCUGGAGCGAAGCAAUUUUUAGGCUGACUUAGGGAUCGACAACUUUUUCUGGACAGUGUCCCAGGAUGGAAGUUGUCGUUUUUGAUCCGGAUCCUUUUUUGCAUUUCGGUUUUGAUGAUCAUUAAUUUGAACUUCUUGUUUCUGUUCAUCUCUUAACAUGUUGGGUAUUCGAUGGUUAA